CGAAACAUGGGAUUCGAUUUUAGCCUACUGUAUUCUUUCUCUCCAAAUGAAAUUUUAAUAAAAUUAAGUCAAUGGGAAAAAUUCAUUCGUCUACGCAGGCUUCAACUUCUUGUAUAAAUAGCCCCCUCACUGCAUAGCAGCCUCUCAUCAAACAACACAAACACUAAGCAAAACCUCAUCUUCAAUUUCUACUUUACUAAGCAAUUAAAAUUACUCUCACAACUUCGAUCAAGAAACAUUUAUCUGAGAUGUCGGCCACUGCGGGUCAAGUCAUCAAGUGUAAAGCUGCUGUUGCAUGGGAGGCCGGAAAGCCUCUGGUGAUUGAAGAGGUGGAGGUGGCGCCGCCGCAGAAAAUGGAAGUCCGGAUUAAGAUUCUCUACACCUCACUUUGCCACACCGAUGUCUACUUCUGGGAAGCCAAGGCUCAAGAUUCAGUCUUUCCCCGCAUUCUGGGACAUGAAGCAUCAGGGAUUGUGGAGAGCGUGGGAGAGGGCGUGACGGAGGUGGCGGCGGGCGAUCACGUGCUCCCCGUGUUCACCGGAGAAUGCGGCGAAUGUGCUCACUGCAAAUCCACGGAGAGCAACAUGUGCAGCCUCCUGAGGAUCAACACAGAGAGGGGAGUGAUGAUCGGUGAUCAGAAAUCAAGAUUCUCCAUCAAUGGGAAGCCUAUUUACCAUUUUCUUGGCACAUCCACAUUUAGUGAGUACACUGUGCUUCACGUUGGCUGCGUCGCCAAGAUCAACCCUCUCGCCCCUCUCGACAAAGUUUGUGUUCUCAGCUGCGGAAUCUCCACAGGCCUUGGUGCUACGUUGAAUGUUGCCAAACCAUUUAAGGGCUCCUCAGUUGCUGUUUUUGGACUCGGAGCAGUUGGCCUUGGUGCUGCAGAAGGAGCAAGACUGGCUGGUGCUUCGAGAGUGAUUGGCGUGGACUUGAACACUGCUAGGUUUGAAGAAGCAAAAAAAUUUGGUGUGACUGAGUUUGUGAACCCAAAAGACUACAGCAAGCCAGUCCAAGAGGUGAUAGCUGAGAUGACUGACGGAGGGGUGGAUCGGAGCGUUGAGUGCACCGGAAACAUCAACGCCAUGAUCUCAGCGUUUGAAUGUGUUCAUGAUGGAUGGGGAGUGGCUGUUCUUGUUGGCGUGCCUCACAAGGACGCUGUGUUCAAGACUCAUCCGGUCAACUUCUUGAACGAGAGGACUCUUAAAGGAACCUUCUUCGGCAACUACAAACCUCGCUCUGAUCUUCCAUCAGUUGUCGAGAUGUACAUGAACAAGGAACUGGAAGUGGAGAAGUUCAUAACACACACGGUGCCGUUUGCAGAGAUCAACAAGGCGUUUGAGCUGAUGCUCAAAGGGGAGGGGCUUCGUUGUGUUAUUCGAAUGGAGUGAUCACACUACUCAUACAACUUCCAUCUUUAAAUAUUGUUGCCUAUCUUCAUUAUCUAUGUAUCUUUGUUUUUCUCUCUUGCUGGGCUUGUAUCAUGUGGAUAAUAACAUAAAUAAUAUUUCCAGAUUGAUGAUGCUGUUUUUCUA